AAUUGAAGGAAUUCAAAAUUUUUAAGUAUCAAGUUCUGUACAAUAGUUCUCUAUACAAAAUCUAUUCAAAUUAAAGAUUAUUUAAUUUGUAUAAAUAAGAAAUGCAAAAGAAACUUUAAUGGUUGCUGCAUAUUUAUCUCUUCUUUGUAGUAUUAGCGAAAAACCAUUAGAAUAUUGGGGUAAACAUCAGUCACAGACAGGAUGCAUUCGUAAGAUCUUAGAUAGCGAUUUACUUGACAAUGUUAUAGAAAUUCAAGACAUUCAAUUAUCAAAUAUUUCAAAAACAUUCAUUUCUUGUCCACCUAACAUAACCCAACUUUUGAGCGUUGGAUUACCCGUGCUUGUUAUUAUAUUAAAAAAUUUUGGUGCCGAUUGUCGUUUUCAAAUUCAGGUUAUAGAUUCGGAUAACAUACGUCAUCAUUUUCAAUUUUGUAGUGGUGAUUAUGAAAAAAGUCGAAAUAUCAAAGAUCCUGUUAUUUGUCGUGCUAAGAUUCAACUUCAAUCUGGUUGGAAUAAAAUAGAAUUAAAUUUGAAAACUUUAACAGAGAUUGCAUUUAAGUCUCAGUAUAUAGCAACGCAGAGACUAGAAAUUUGUGCCAAUUGUCGAUUACGUAGAAUAUAUUUUGUAGAUAGGCAUUAUAAUGAUUCCGAAAUUUCGUUGGAUCUAUACCAAGGCUUUCUUGAUUUAUAUAUGUUAAAAUGGGGUAUCUAUCGAAUAGAGAACGCAACGCAAACUACAAAUUUAAAACAGAAAAAAACAAAUCUUAAGAAUAAUAAUAAUAAUAAUAAUAAUAAUAAUAAUAGUAAUAAUAAUAAUUAUUAUAAUAAUAAUAAUAAUUAUAAAGAAUAUCAAAACCUUUUAAAUACGGAUAACACUGCUAAUUCUAAUGAACUAUAUUAUAAUGACAAAAUAAAUAAUUCAUUCGUGCAGAUGCAAACCAAUGACUGUUCAAAAGAUGUUAAUUCCAAAUUACUAAAUAAUAUAAGAAUGAAAUCAAAUACUUUAAUAGAUGAAUUUUUCAGCAGACAACGUCCAAUUUCAUUACCCAUAGGAAAUUUCAAAGAUCAAAUAAUAAUAAAAUCAUAUGUUGUACCAACAAAUAUUAAUAGAUUACAAAAAAAAGAUAAGUGGAAUGAUAUUAAAUUAUCGAAUUGGAAUAAUAUAACGGAAGAUAUAUCCAAAGAAACUAAAGAUAUAUCUAAUAUUCCAUUAGCUGUAGACUUGCAAAAAGAAUGUAAUGAAAUAUUUGAUAAUCAGCAACAAAAAUAUAUUUUAAAAACUGAUAAUUUGGAAGAAAAAUGGACGUAUAGGUAUCUUUACGAAGGAAAGCAUUAUUCGAAAACUAAUGAUAUAACAGAAGACAAUACAUCAGAUAUUCAAAAUAUUUCUUAUAAGCAAAAUUCUAAUUUUAUAUUUCCAGUAUUGCCAAAAAUGAACAGUAACAUAGUGAAAAUUCCUGAAGUUCAAAAAAGAAUUAAAAAAAAAUAAGACUAAUAUCUCAUUAAACCUGCAAUAAAAUUUUCAACCAAUGCAGCUUAACCCCAGUAUUUAUAACUGGAGAAUUUAGUUUUGGACCAUUUCUAAGAGCCAAUUUUAUACCCUUCUUUAUGGCAGCCAUCAUCUUUGGAUGUAUAUCAUCAAUAUUAGAAGCAGAAUUUCGUGUAUGAUCAAAUUGUAAAAUUUCGUUUUGCGUGUAGUUUGGUAUUAAAGACAAAGUUACAGUAACACUA